CGGCGUUGCUUACCGUCGACGCAAUGUCCGGCCUCUCUGGCGAGUCCUAAGGAGUGUUUCGGAGCAGUUUCUGGAGCCACGGGAAAUUCGUAGGAUUUCAACACUAAAAGUAUUAGUAAUAGAUAUCUUUUGGAAAACAUGGAGGAGGAGGUGUUAGAGGUUGUAAAAUCGACUGAAGAAUUGGAGAGAGAUUACACAGAAAUGGACGUGACCUCAAAAAAGAAAAGAAACAAAGCUCAAGAGGACAGUGUUGAGAGACCUAAGAAACCACGGUCUGCCUACCUGCUGUACUACUUCGAUGUCCAUCAGGUCAUGCAGCUUGGAUCRCAAAAUAUGCCCCAAUCAGAGGUCAACAAAAAAAUCAGCGAGAGCUGGAAAAGACUUAGUGUAACUGAGAAAAGCUACUACCUGGAAAAAGCCAAGCUGGAGAAGGAGGGUAUGGACARGUCGUCUCUCAGUCCCUCCAAACAGCUGCCAGGCUUCCGCAAAAUCCUGCCCAGAGCCAACUGCGUUCUCUUGCCUAAAGGCAGUGUGUCGAGUCAUCAGCCAGAGGUCUCUGCUGACUUCACUGGGAACGGUAUGACGCUGAAACAAAACGAGGCAAAACUUCCCAAGAGUUCCAACAGGACUGUGGUGCCGCAGAUGCAAGGGGAAGCUACGCAGGUGGUAACCAUCCUACCCACAGCGAACUUCCUGAAGCCUCAGUCUGUAGCAGGAGUUGGAUCUUUGCACCCAAUGAUGAUGAUCUCUGUAGGAAUCAAAUCAGAAACUGCCAAACCGACAUAUAAAAUGUCUUUGAAGACGUAUACAAGGAGAGGUCGAGGGAGGUGUCUAAGUCCUGGUUGUUCAUUCAUGUAUGUCACCCGUCACAAACCAUCUACAUGUCCUGAAUGUGGGAAAAACCUGGGUGGAAAAUGGAACCCAUCUGCACAGAAGGCUCAUGGAAAAGUGACGGCCUCCAAGCCGCUGCCACGGGAUGCUGGCGCUGAGCGCGCUGAAGCCCCUCAGAUCACAGCCUCGCCUGCUCAGAAGACAAACGCUGAUGUUCGUAAAGCAAACACGGGUGGGAUCAAACGGGACGGGAGAGUGCAGUGGAGCGUUAAGAAGCUGCAUGCAGCUGGAACGCCACUAGUGGGCAGCAGCACGACGCAUCGUCACACAAAACAAGUGAAAGAUAAACCUAAACGUGCCGUGACUCACAGUCAGAGCAGGAUCAGGAGCACAGCUGUUCUGCAGAAGAGGCCUGUUAGACCCAUCCUUCCUGCCCUACACAGUACAGGUGGUGCUUUUUUCCAGAUCAUAACAGUUCCACCAGACAAAGAAAAACUUCAAGGCAUCAACAAUGUUAAGACUUCUGCUGCGGCUCGAGAAAGUUUCUCUGGUCUCAAACCCAGCACUUUAAAGCAGCUUGGUCAGAAGGUCCCCACAACCACAGCCGGCCAGGACUCUCCAGGCCGGCACGUGUCUUCAGCCACAGAUGGAGUCAAUGCCGUGUCAGUCAUACCUUUCAAGCAACAAGCAGCUUCCAGUUUUGAUUUGGGACUGUCCACUGGACGAGGCAGAGGUCGCUGCAAGAACCCGACUUGUGACUAUGUUUAUAAGAACAGACACAAACCAGCAGUGUGUCCAAAGUGUGGCAACGAGCUGACCCAAAAGAAUACCAAAGCUACAAAAUCUGAGACUCUGCUGGAUCCAAAUCAAGACAUGAGUCUGGCUCAGAGGGAGAUCCAGCGCCAAAGCACCGUGCAGCUACUUCGCAUUUCCCUGCAGAUACCCGAGAGUGAGGCGGAGAUGCAGGAAACGCUGAGCCUCAUCCAGGAGCUCAACAGCCUCAGAAUCAUCUACGUCCAAACGAGCGAGCAGGAGGAAGAGCACGGCGGAGAGACGGAGACGCUGGUGGAGUCGGGGUGGCCUCGCUGCUACGAGUCAGCAGCUACUCACUGCGGCCUGUGUAACUACCCUCUGUUCAAAGGGGAGCAGAGUUCUGUUGCAGGACAGGAGGCCUGCUGGCUGCUCACUGAGACUCUGAUGCAGACGGCGACGCUUCAACUCAAAGUGUGUCUCAAUGUUCAGUGUUUGGCUCUGCACAGCUUCACUGACCUGCAUCCAGGUUUGUUCAACAUUGGGAACAGAUUGCUGGUCAGCAUCGACUUGUUCUUGAAGAUCAGGGCCAACAUCAAACUGGGCCAAUCCCCCUCUCAAGCUGUGGCCUCUGUUUUUGAUCACAUCCCGAGUCAUCCGAUCCAUACUUUAAGUCCUGAAGAGUCAAGUCAGAUCCAGGAGCUUCUCCUGAGUGGCUACUGGGCCUUUGAGUGUCUGACAGUACGAGAUUAUAACGAUAUGAUCUGCGGCAUCUGUGGCAUUGCUCCGAAACUCGAGAUCGCACUGAGGUACACGAACAACGUCCUGGAGCUGAAGAAUGUGGAGUUUACCUGGCCCGAGUGCUCAGACUCAGAUGAGGUACAUGUCGAUGACUUCUGGCUGACUAUGGAAAGCGAAGCUAUCGAGCAGGCGGUUUUCCCCACAGACAUCCCCAUAACACGAGUCGACGCUUCCAUCAUCGCUCCUUUUGCACCUCCUUUGAUGAGGAGUCCCACAGUUCUGAARACAGAGAAGGACAAGGUUCUGCCACACAUCCAACAACCAUCAGGAGAUCCGUCAGUUUUGGUUCGUCUGAUUCAUGACAACCAGCUGAUAUUAGACAGAACUGAAGAGCUGACUGAGGAAGAGCUGAGAAAACUACUCAACCGCUGUGGCAUAAGCAUCACUGAAGGCUCUACCAAGAAUGAGCUGCUGGCUUCUCUGAUCGACUUCUACACUCAUGUCCGUAGUGGUCUCUCGACAGCCCCACACCCCCCAGCAAACCUCACUGCUGGCAAGCUGUCCAAAGUCUGUCCCCACCAGGUGGUGUGUUCCUCCAAGUAUUUAGUGAGAGGAGAGACGGCUCGGGACCAUGUUGAUCUGCUGCUCUCCUCUCGUUACUGGCCUCCAGUCUACGUCUGUGACAGCCCCCAGCAGGUGGCUCUUUGCACUGACCUGCAGUAUCCAGAACUGGCAACCCAGAUGUGGGGCAGGAACCAAGGCUGCUUCUCUGACCCCUUCGAAAAGCCAGAGUUUGUGUCCUGUCCUGAGCUACAAGAUGUGCCGUACAGCGCUGACCUGUCUUCGGUAGACGACGACCAGCAGGUUCACCCCAUCACCAAGUCRCAUUCCCGCUGGCUGCUUCAUCCACCGGGAGCUUCCCCGGAGCCUCCCGCUGCAGAGCACCACUCCAUGACGCUCUGCAGUGACCUGGAGCCGUACGUCAGUCUGGUGGCAGAGCUGACCACGGAGAAAGUAGAGGAGGAGCAGAAACCCGACCGACUGAAGGAACAGAUGGAAACAUCAGAGGACGACUCCGGUGAAAAUUCAGAACCCAGUUUAUCAGUGCAACACACCAGAGAACAGCCCAUGACUUUCAGCAACGCCGCUUAUUACUAUCUGUACAACCGACUGGUGGAUUUCCUCACUAGCAGAGACAUCGUGAACCAGCAGAUCAGCUAUGUUGUAAAGGCCUGCCAACCUGGGGAGGUGGCAAUCAGGGACYCUUUGUACAGACUCGGAGUGGCACAGAUCAACACCGAAUAAAGAGGAAAAUGAAGGACAGAGGAGAUGGAAGGAGAUCUGGUAAGAACUGCGGAGUGGUCAGUAGCAUUACUGCAAAAAAAAAAAAAAGCUUCUCAGUAUUUUCAUGAUGCAAUUUUUAAACAUAUAAUCAGUAACUAAUUGUUAUACCUCUGUGCGCUCCGGUAAAUGUAAGAGUGAAUGACAUCAUCAUUUGUCAGUGAUCAUUUCUUUUGGUUUAAGAAAAGAGUUUAACGAAUGUAAGACUUGAAUCUGUGCUGCCCCCUGACAGGAGGAAUGUAAACUAUUAUUGACUGAACUUCUUUAAACCCAAAUCUAUAAAGCUUGUAACAUAUUUAUUYCCCAUUUUUUAUUCAGACAUACAGAUUUUACCGCCUUUAGGCCUGAAGUUUUCAGAUUCAAAGUGAUACAUGAUGUGGAAAUUUUUUCUUGUUUUAUUACAACAGCUCAUCCGUCUGCCAGGUAAAAUUAAUGUGGGCUAACAAUACAGCAAAUUUGGCUGCAGAAUUUUACUUMGUUCAAUAAACACCAGAUCAGUCACAUGACCAUGUUAUGGAAAUAGACUAUAGAGACGGAGCACCUUCACCAGAUGAAUCUGAUUGCCAUCAACAAACAAUAAACUUUACUGGAUUAACGUCA